UUUUCUAGGUGAGUUUUGUCAUUCUAACUUUGAUGCCACAUUAACUUAAAACGUAAAAGGGGAAUAGAAUCUCGACAUAAUUAGUAUUAAUUUAUUUAUUUAUGUUGGAAUAAAUUUGUAUUACUUUAUUUUGUUCUCCAAAUUUGGAACUUUUGACCAUAGGUGUUGAUAACUUUCUUUCCUAUAUAUCCUGGGAUUGAAUAACGUAAGACAUAUACAUAGUAUGUCUGGGUGGCUGCUCCAACAACAAGAGUGUUAUAAAUUAUUUGCCUGAAGAAGAAGGUAAAAAAUGGAAACGAGAUUUCUCCUAAAAGCUAUGGCCGUUCCAAGUCCACAGGAUGGGUUCAUACCAAUUGGGAACAGAAAUUGUGUAUAUAAAAAGACCCAUUGGAAGGGAGAUUAGCAAGAAGAAGAAGAAUAAAAAAAAAUGUGUGGUACUUUGUUAAAUGCUAUCAGAAAAGCACUGCCCUGCAAAUCUAAGCCGUCGGAUGUAUCCGACCCAGAGAGAUCAUCUUCUGUGGGAUGUCUUUCAAAUCUCAAAGGCACCACCACAAGGCACAAGGAAAGGGAAUCAAACAGCAGUUCAAAGGUACAAAGAAAAAUUAGUACCAGGUAUCCCAAAACAAACAUUGUUGGCAAUGAAAUGGUCCUUUAUAACCCUGGACCUUCAAGGGAAGGGAAAGCUAGUAACGGUCGUAUGGUUAAGAGUAAGAGUAAGAGGGUUGGUAAUGGUGGUAGAGCUGAAGGCCCUCAUAUGGUGUCACGUUUUAAGAUGGAAAUCCCAUUAUUUGAGCAUUCAAGGGAAUACUGUGGUGGUAAUUCUAGUGUGGUUUGUCAUAUAUGUGGUCAGCAACAUCAGAAGUCUUCUAUUAGUGCGAUUGACUCAAAUCCUGUGUCCAAGAGAUAUACAGUGAGCAAACUACAGGAAGGAGACUCAUCGAGAAAGAUAGUCGAAAUAAUUUGUAGAACAGGGCAAGAUGAGAAGCAACAUAUCAAGAUGGAGACCAUAUUGAAAGUUCACAACAUGCAAAACAUUCUGACUUGGUUUGAGGACUACAGAGAAAUGGUCAAAAUCAAAGCCCGGAAACAUCCCAAGAAAGUUGACCCGCGUUGCCUGGCUGACGGGAACGAACUACUGAGGUUCUACGCCACCAACGUCGCUUGUUCAUUGGGCUCCUCUUCUUCUGGCCUAUGCCUAUGCAAUCUUGACAAGUGUGGAGCUUGUCGCAUUCUGAGAAAUGGGUUUUCGGCCAACAAAGAUUUCGUGGGCAGCGUUGGUAUCUUUGCCACUUCAACUAGUGAAAGAGCCUUGGCUUACGUGGAAGCCCAUUUUAAUAGGAGGAAAGCUCUGUUUGUUUGCCGAGUCAUUGCUGGGAAAAUCCAUAAGUUUGAUCAAGCAUUUUCUCAUUCUGGGUUCGAUUCUUUGUCUUGGAAAGUUGGUCGAAAUAGGGAAGCUGAAGAACUGUUUGUGCUAAGUCCUAAAGCUGUGCUCCCUUGCUUUCUUGUCAUUUGCAAAAUCUGAAAGAUCAAGAUAAAAUAGUUGAAUAACAAAAACCAUGCAUAUCACAUAUGCAUUAAUAAUUAUUGAGUGAGAAUGUAAAAGACAAUGUCCUUUGAACUCUUUUACUACAAUGGUAUUUAAAAAAAAAUAAAAAAAUUAUGCUCUUUGUU